AUGGUCAAGGUCAAAUUUUACUUGUUGGUGCCAGUCUUGCUUACUUUAUGUUGGACAGAGAAGUUCGCACAGAGUUCAUCGGAGCUUUCCACUCGACUGCAGAAACGUUUUCAUUCGUUGGCACAUCUCCGCAACGGACGUUUGUACCUAGCAAAUGAGAACACGAAAACAAGGGGUAUCAAACGAUACACUGACGAUGUUGUUACAGCACUGCAACCGGACGAUGACGAUGGAUUGAUGUACACGGAAAAUGAUGCCUCUGAGUUGGGCAGAUAUUACUUGCCUUGGUGGACUUACUAA